CGGGGUCCACGUGUACGGGCUUCCGUUUCCCGAGCAGCUUUCGGGAGGCAGUUGCGUCGGCUCCUUUUCUGUGCCUCCCUCUCCUGCCACCGCCCCGUGCCCGGCUCCUCUCCUCUGCCUCCCCCAGGACACAAACAACCACUGUGGGCACAUCUGCAGGUGGUACGGACGGGCCCCAGCGUCUGUCUUCUUCUUGCCUUCACCUCGUAUCUGGCUUUGCCUUCACAGGGCGUGGAGCACCCCGUGACCAGCGUCAGCAGCAGCGAUCUGGAGAAGGCCUACCUGGCGUACUGUGCCGCAGGGUCUGACCCCCUGGCUGCCGCUCUGAGGUUCCAGGCAGGAAAGCACACGUACGAAUUAGACUUCAAAGCCUUCGUUCAGAAAAACCUGGUCUAUGGCACAGUUAGAAAGGUUUGCCGGAGACCCAAAUACGUAUCUCCCCAGGAUGUGAAGAUGAAGCAGACCUGCGUCAAUUCCCAAGGCCUAAAGAGCAUCCCUGAGCAUUGGGACCACUUGGCCCUGCCGGACACCGGCUUUAAGAGGAUCGCCCUCCCUUCGUCCUCAGAGGAGUUUCAAAAGGUCUGGAACCUCUUCACCCAUACGAUGCCUCUCUACUACGUUCAGAAGAUUGAACGGGUCCAGAACGUGGCCCUCUGGGAAGUCUACCAGUGGCAGAAGGAGCAGAUGCAGAAGAGAAACGGUGGCAAGACAGUGGAUGAGAGGCAGCUGUUCCACGGCACCAGCACCGGUUUCAUUGACGCCAUCUGCCAGCAGAACUUUGACUGGCGGGUCAGCGGUCUGCAUGGUACUUCCUACGGCAGGGGGAGCUACUUUGCCCGGGAUGCCGCGUAUUCCCACCACUACAGCAAAACUGACACCAAGUCCCACACGAUGUUCCUGGCUCGGGUGCUGGUGGGCGAAUUCAUCCGAGGCAACGCCAACUUUGUCCGCCCCCCGGCCAAGGAGGGCCAGGGCAACGUCUUGUACGACAGCUGCGUGAACCGCGUGUCUGACCCCUCCAUUUUCGUGGUCUUUGAGAAGCACCAGGCCUACCCGGAGUACAUCAUCCAGUACACUGACUCCCCCGGGCCCACUGCCGCCGCCACCAACCUGCUGUCCUUGGCGUCCUUCAGUGUUCGGCAGUGAGCGCCCCGACGGUUGUAUGCCUUUCUGGCUGAUCUUACUUGAAAUAGCUAUUAGGGAAAGUUGGGGGUUUUUUUAAACAAAAAACUUUUAAUGAACUGUUCAUUUAACAUUGACUUUUUGAUGAAGUUACAUUCUUAAUCUCUGGCUGAUAAUAUUUUCACUUUUAAGUCACUUUUGGACUAGCCAGUAGUGAUUGUAGGUGAACCCAUUAUUGCUUUUUACUCAGGUGUUAAAGUUUUAUUUUUUACUCUUUGUUGACUUUGCUGCAGAUUGGCACCAGGCACAGAGUUUCCAGACACUAUUUUAUAGAUUGGUUUUACUUUUCAAGAGUUUCUGUCUCUUCAGUGGUUUGGUUUUUCAGGGUCUUGGUGGCACCUGGUUUUGUUUUUGUCCGAAUGACACAGCAGCCAUUGGUGCAGGAUAUCCUGGGUUGUGGGCCUGGUGAGGCCCAGUCAUUGUGUCCAUUGCUGUGUCUCUAAUCUAGGCAGCUCUUCUGCUGCUUCUCCUGGGCUUCCAGCCUUGAAAUUGGCCCAUGUAUCACGUUGUUAGGACCGUGGCUACUGUGUGGUGUCACUGAGUUCCUGUCGGUCUCCCUUAGUCCUGGCAGCAGUCACCGUCACCCAGGAAGUGCACUCACCCUGGCAGGUGACUCUGCGCCAAGCACCCUGUGAAUAAGGGUUUCAUGUCCCCAUGAGAUCUGAAUACCUGUGCUGCAGCGUCAUAGCAGAGUCUGAGAAUAAAAGAAUAUUUAUCUGACGUGGGUGAUGGCUGCAGCUCAUUCUUCAGUGUCUGUUUAUUGAGUGCCUACAGUGUACAGGCACCUUUCCGGGGGUCGGGAUAUAACAGAGCCCCCGUUACUGGCCUCGAGGAAGCUGUGUGUGGAUUUAUCAUGCAGCCAAUGAAGCUGAAGGUUCAUGGCCCCUCAUUUGUUGGGACCCGUUCCACAGCCCGAGGAGGGACCCCUGCUAUAUGGCUGUGUGAUCAUACGUUUUGGUUAAAUUUGCAAGUUACAUAUUUGUUUUUUUUCUUUCCCUCAACUCAGCUUUCAAGCCCCACAAA